ACUUAGCACCGUGUAGGACACAUUUCUCAAGCGGUGGGACCCUUGCAAACUGAUGAGAAUUACCUGGAGAACUUUUUAAAAGGCAUGAUUCUUGCUGGUCCCAGGUGGACUGAAAUGAGAAUUUGGAAGGAGGGGUGAGACCAAAGAAUGUGCAUGUUUAACCAAGUGCUUCAGGGGCUCCUGAUGCAUUAUGAAGUAGGGACCAUGACCUUGGACCUGCCCAGGAGAGGCCUUCUGAUGCUACUGAUGGCCUGGGGCCUGACCCAGGGCAACCCGGUGAAGCCCUCUCGGGGCCCGCUGCUGACCUGCACGUGUGAGAGCCCACACUGCAGGGGGCCUACCUGCCAGGGGACCUGGUGCACGGUGGUGCUGGUGCGGGAGGAGGGCCGACACCCCCAGGAGCAUCGGGGCUGCGGGAACCUGAACGAGGAGCUGUGCCGGGGGCGCCCCACCGAGUUCGUGAACCACUACUGCUGCUACAGCCCCCUCUGCAACCACAACGUGUCCCUGGUGCUGGAGGCCACCCAAAUUCCUCCGGAGCAGCCGAAAGUAGAUGGCCAGCUGCCUCUGAUCCUGGGCCCUGUGCUGGCCGUGGUGGCCCUGGUGGCCCUGGGUGCCCUGGGCCUGUGGCAUGUCCGGCGGAGGCAGGAGAAGCAGCGGGGCCUACGCAGCGAGCUGGGCGAGUCCAGCCUCAUCCUGAAGUCGUCGGAGCAGGGGGACAGCAUGCUGGGGGAUCUCCUGGACAGCGACUGUACCACAGGCAGUGGCUCAGGACUCCCCUUCCUGGUGCAGAGGACAGUGGCACGGCAGGUGGCCCUGGUGGAGUGUGUAGGCAAGGGCCGCUAUGGCGAGGUGUGGCGCGGCCUGUGGCACGGCGAGAGCGUGGCCGUCAAGAUCUUCUCUUCGAGGGACGAACAGUCCUGGUUCCGGGAGACCGAGAUCUACAAUACAGUGCUGCUCAGACACGACAACAUCCUAGGCUUCAUCGCCUCGGACAUGACGUCCCGCAACUCGAGCACGCAGCUGUGGCUCAUCACGCACUACCACGAGCACGGCUCGCUCUACGACUUCCUGCAGAGGCAGACGCUGGAGCCCCAGCUGGCCCUGAAGCUGGCUGUGUCCGCCGCCUGCGGCCUGGCCCACCUGCACGUGGAGAUCUUCGGCACCCAGGGCAAGCCGGCCAUCGCCCACCGGGACCUCAAAAGCCGCAACGUGCUGGUCAAGAGCAACCUGCAGUGCUGCAUCGCCGACCUGGGCCUGGCUGUGAUGCACUCCCAGGGUAGCGAUUACCUGGACAUCGGCAACAACCCGCGAGUGGGCACCAAGCGGUACAUGGCCCCCGAGGUGCUGGAAGAGCAGAUCCGCACCGACUGCUUCGAGUCCUACAAGUGGACGGACAUCUGGGCCUUUGGUCUGGUGCUGUGGGAGAUUGCCCGUCGGACCAUUGUCAACGGCAUCGUGGAGGACUACAGGCCACCCUUCUAUGACGUGGUGCCCAAUGAUCCCAGCUUCGAGGACAUGAAGAAGGUGGUGUGUGUUGAUCAGCAGACUCCCACCAUCCCCAACCGGCUGGCCGCAGACCCGGUCCUCUCCGGCCUGGCUCAGAUGAUGCGGGAGUGCUGGUACCCCAACCCCUCUGCCCGCCUCACUGCGCUGCGGAUCAAGAAGACACUACAGAAACUGAGCAACGGUCUCGAGAAGUCCAAAGUGAUUCACUAGCCCCAGGCCUGAAGCCGGACUCCCCUCUGCCUGCAGAGCGCGCGUGGGGUGGGCGGCAGACGUGGCCUAUCUGGGUAGAGGUAGUGUGAGUAUGUGUGCUGGGGAGGAGGGUGCCCCUCUUUGGGCGGCCCUGCCUGCCCCGCCGGCUCAUCCAGCCAAAAAUACAGCUGGGCUGAAACCCGAUCCCCCGCCGUCUGGCCUGCUCAAAGCAGCAGGCUCCCUGACGCCUGGCUCCCUCCCCACCCUCAUGCCCUGGGCGCAGCCCCUACCACCCCCAGGACAGGAUGCAAAGAGGCCCCGGAGCCAGGGUGGCCGGGCCAGGGAAUCCCAGUCCUGGGCCCAGAGCCCAGGCCUGCACUUUACCCCCUGCCCUCGGUCAACCUCACGGCCCCACCGGAGCUGCCAGGGUGACACAGGGCCCUGUCUAGCCUUUGGUGGACAGCCUGCCUCUGGCAUAAGCCCUACACCCAGGGCCCAUCAUUUUCUCUCUGUGGGUUUGUAUCUCAGCUCCAUGAGGCCUACGGCCUCUGUCUUCUGGGUGAGCUGAGUGCCAGCUGCCUGGGAGAGCUGGGGCCUGAUCCUGGGCCCCUUCCCCACCCCUGUGCUAGCUCACUUAUUACAGCAUUAAGCCCAAGGAGUCCUGCUGCAGGUGUGGCAGGGUCAGAGGGCAGUGGGGCAGGUAGUAGGUCAGAUGGAGGAGGCCCAGGACUUUCAGAACCAGAGAGACGUUGAAGCCGAGCAGACCUGGGGAAUGGCUCCGCUGGGAGUCAGGAGACCCAGGUCCUGGUCCUGGGCAAUUGCCCUAGGUGAUGAGAAAGAGGCCUUCACUCUGGAGGACCUUUGUUUCCUCAUCUACAUAUUGAGAUACAGUCCUGAUGCCCUUUGAGGUUUUUUUCAGCUCUAAUUGUCUUUGAAAUUUCAGCCCAUGUCAGAGAUCCAUUCAUCUGGCCCUUGGGCUCCUUUUGCCCCAGCCCCUGGCAAUUUGCCCCAAGGUGGGGAUUUGAAAGUACCUUUAUCUGAGGCCAGGAGUGCCUGAAAGGCCUCGUAGACAGAUUCUACAAGCUCUAGUUCCUGCCUUAGUUCAAACCAGCAGCCAUCCUUGGAUUCAGACAGCCAUGGGCCUUUUGGCAGGCCAACCAGCCACUCACCCCACUCCGUGGCUUAGCGUUCUCCAUCCAGGACUGAGUAGGGCUAAGGGCCUCCCUUCCCACAGGGCCUCCAAGGCUCAGAAGAAAUUUGGCUCCAGCCAGCAAGCCUCCAGCGCCCAGGUUCCUGCUCUCCACUGGCCCCUGGCCCAGGCCCACAGCCUUGGCCAGGCCCCAGACAGUGUGUGUCUAGGAAGAACCUGGUGGCGGUGAAGAAACACACGGGAAGUUCAGCAUUUGGCAAUGUCAAGGGUGUAUGUCCAUGCAAUGAAGACGUUACCCCAAACCCCGGGCGGGUGGAUGGACUGGAGGUCGGUGGAUCGGAGGUCGAGCCUGAGGGUUGGGGGACGGGGAGGGGGGAAGGGGGGGCUCAGGCCAGGGACACGUGCAGUCAGUCCCAAGCUCUGGAAGACCUGGCAUGUCAGCCCUUGGGGCAGGGUUGGAGAAGAACCCUCAGUUCUCCCCUGGAGGUGACAAACACAGCCUCCUCCCCUCCUGCGUAAAUGACCCAGCACAGCCUCCCCAGGCGGCUUGCUUGCCCCGCUUCCGCCCUGGGGGCACUUUCCCAGGCCUAUCUCCCCUGGUUGUGCAAGGCGCCCAGGAGAACCAGGAAGUGAAACUGGGUGAAAACAAAAAAGUGAGAGGGGCCUGCUGGGUCCUCAGAUGAGCUGGGGGGGGGGGGGGGGCGCUUUCACAUCCUCCCGACACUGGAACCCACCCAGCCCAGGAGCCAGAAACCCCCUCUCCCACCUCCACCCGCCCCCCACCGUCGUGCCAGAUUUUCUCUGGCAAAGCUCUCCUGGGAGGACUCCACAGCCAGAAUCCGAAGGCCUGGAGGCUGGAAAACCCCCGAGGGGGAGAAGGUCUGAGGUCAGGGGCCGCAGCGCUGGGUGAGCCUGGCUGGUGGCUCUGGUGGCUCUAGUGGCUCGGGAGGGGAGGAAGCCCCGGGAGCUCCUGUGUGGGCGCAGGCAGGUGUGCCCGGGCCCAAAUGCAGCCUCUUACCUGGAGGUACUGGCCGUGGGCGCGCUUAGCUCGUGCUUAGCACCUAGUAGGUCCUCAAUAAAGCACGGUUGCAUCUCGA